AUGAAAGGUUCACGAGCGGGGAGACGAUCACAGUCUCCUCUGUUCCUGGUCCUCGUCAUUGCUAUCCUCGGUUUUGCGGUCACCGUCGAGGCAUCCUACGGUGAUCGGUUGCCAGAGUUCCGAGAAUGCGUCCAGGUCUGCCACGAUGAGAACUGCGCUCCGGGCAAAGAAGCCACGCCGAUCCCCCUUCACCGCCGUCUCCUCUUCUGGACCUGCGCCUCCGAAUGCGACUACACGUGCCAGCACAUAAUCACGAAGCAGCGUCUCGCGGCCGACGAGCCCGUGGUCCAGUUUCAUGGGAAAUGGCCCUUCCACCGUCUCCUUGGCAUCCAGGAGCCCUUCAGCACCCUGUUCAGCCUUGGAAACCUCUGGGCGCACCACGACGGCUGGCGCAAGCUACGCGCCGUCAUCCCGUCCUCGUACCCUCUACGGCCGUGGUACGAAUGGCUCGCCGGCGUGGGCAUGGCUUCUUGGGUCUUCAGCGCCAUCUUCCACACCCGCGACUUCCCUGCCACCGAGCAGCUCGACUACUUCGCGGCGGGCGCGAGCGUUCUGUACGGGCUGUAUUACACCGUCGUGCGCAUCAUGCGGCUCGAUCGCCCGACGCCGCGCCGGAGGUCAGUCCUGCGCGCUUGGACCCUGCUGUGCGUGCUGCUGUAUGCGGGGCACGUUGCGUACCUUAAGGGCGUGCGCUGGGACUACACGUACAACAUGACGGCCAACGUCAUUGUUGGCAUGAUCCAAAACCUCAUGUGGUUGUGGUUCAGUUUCAAUAAGUACAAGCAGUCGCGUAGGGGUUGGGCCAUCUGGCCGAGUAUCGUCGUCGCGAGCAUCAUCACGGUCAUGAGUCUGGAGCUCUUCGACUUCCCGCCGUUGUGGGGUGCUCUGGAUGCGCACAGCCUGUGGCAUCUGGGCACGAUCCCUCCCACAAUACUGAUGUACAACUUCCUUGUCAAGGAUGCGCAGGACGACAUGGCUGGCACCGAGAGACUCAAGUCUUGA